AUGGCUUUCAAGGGCGAACAGUGUCACGGCGGCAAGCAGAGCAAGGACCGGGUCACCGUCCUGCUUUGCGCUAACAUGGACGGGUCCGAGAAGCUGAAGCCGGUCGUCAUCGGGAAAUUUCAAAACCCACGUUGCUUCAAGAAUGUCAAGUACCUCCCGGUGAUGUACCGUGCGAACCGCAAGGCCUGGAUGGUUUUGGAGCUGUUCACCGAGUGGAUCUGUCGUCUUGACCGUUGGUUUGCUAGACGGCAACGCAAAGUUUUGAUGUUCGUCGACAACUGUGCGGCCCAUCCCCAUGUCCAGAACCUUGAAGCCGUCACCCUCGUGUUCCUCCCUCCCAACACCACGUCACACCUACAGCCCAUGGACCAGGGUGUCAUCAUGAACUUCAAGGUGAACUACCGCCGUCAGCUUCUGCAACAUCUGCUUCAGAGCUAUGAUUCCGGUGUCACCCCUAAAGCAGUCAACGUGAAGGAGGCCAUCGACAUGACCGACUUGGCAUGGCGAAAUGUCAAGGCGGAUUGUAUCGCCUGCUGUUUUGCCAAGGCGGGGUUCGUCACUGCAAGUCAAGAUCCCGAAGGUCAAGAUCAAGAUCCCGAAGACUGUACGGAAGAACCCACCGAAGAGCAGAUAGCGGAGAGCGUGACGGCCGAGAGAGCUGGUGCAGUUGAAGAAGAACCAAAAGACAAGGAGGAGGCGCCAACGGAGGAACAACGGCCAAGAAAUGUCACCGACUGCCUGAGCCUAAUGCACCAGGUUCGGGACUAUCUCUGCAGCCAGCCCGACAUGGACGACGAUGUCUACGAUCACGCCGCUGCAAUCCUGCAGUACCUCUCCAGUAGGCAGCAAGACAAGAUGUCACAGCGGAAGAUAACGGACUUCUUCAAGGUGUAA